UCCGGCUGGCGCCGCCGCCUCGCGCGCUCCUGCUCCGCCGCGACCGUCCGGGGGGCUGCUCCUCCCAAGUACCAUGUGUGACGGCGCCCUGCUGCCUCCUCUCGUGCUGCCCUUGCUGCUGCUGCUGGUUUGGGGACUGGACCCGGGCACAGCUGUGGGCGACGCGGCGGCCGACGUGGAGGUGGUGCUGCCGCGGCGGGUGCGUCCCGACGACGUGCACCUGCCGCCGCUGCCCGGCGCCCCCGGACCCCGAAAGCGCCGGCGCCCCCGCGCGCCCCUCGGCGCCCCGCGCGCCCGGCCCGGAGAGCGCGCCCUGCUGCUGCACCUGCCGGCCUUUGGGCGCGACCUGUACCUGCAGCUUCGCCACGACCUGCGCUUCCUGUCCCGCGGCUUCGAGGUGGAGGAGGCGGGCGCGGCCGGGCGCCGCGGACGGCCCGCCGAGCUGUGCUUCUACUCGGGCCGCGUGCUCGGCCACCCGGGUUCCCUCGUCUCGCUCAGCGCCUGCGGCGCCGGCGGCGGCCUGGUUGGCCUCAUCCAGCUUGGGCAGGAACAGGUGCUAAUCCAGCCUCUCAACAAUUCCCAGGGCCUGCUCAGCAGAGGAGAGCACCUGGUCAGACGCAAAUGGUCCUUGACACCCAGCCCCUCCACCGAGGCCCACAUACCUGGACAGCUUUGCCAGGUGCUAACAGAAAAGAAGAAGCCAAGGAAGGGCAGGCAGUCCCAGGACUGGCGGGAGCGGAGGAACGCCAUCCAGCUCACCAACGAGCAUACAGUGGAGACCUUGGUGGUGGCUGAUGCCGACAUGGUGCAGUACCACGGGGCAGAGGCUGCCCAGAGGUUCAUCCUCACUGUCAUGAACAUGGUGUACAAUAUGUUUCAGCACCAGAGCCUUGGAAGUAAGGUGAACAUUCAAGUUACCAAGCUCGUCCUGCUACGACAACGGCCUGCCAAGUUGUCCAUUGGGCACCAUGGCGAGCGGUCCCUGGAGAGCUUUUGUCACUGGCAGAAUGAGGAGUAUGGAGGAGCACGGUACCUCGGCAAUAAUCAGGUUCCAGGAGGGAAGGAUGAUACACCCCCCGUGGAUGCGGCUGUGUUUGUUACCAGGACCGAUUUCUGCGUACACAAAGAUGAACCAUGUGACACGGUUGGGAUUGCUUACUUAGGAGGUGUGUGCAGUGCUAAGAGGAAAUGUGUGCUUGCCGAAGACAAUGGUCUCAAUUUGGCCUUUACCAUCGCUCACGAGCUGGGCCACAACUUGGGGAUGAACCAUGACGAUGACCACUCAUCCUGCGCCGGCAGAUCCCACAUCAUGUCAGGAGAGUGGGUAAAGGGCCGGAACCCCAGUGACCUCUCUUGGUCCUCCUGCAGUCGUGAUGACCUUGAAAACUUCCUCAAGUCGAAAGUCAGCACCUGUUUGCUGGUCACAGACCCCCGGAGCCAGCACGUGGUGCGUCUCCCUCACAAGCUGCCGGGCAUGCACUACAGUGCCAACGAGCAGUGCCAGAUCCUGUUUGGCACCAACGCCACCUUCUGCAGAAACAUGGAGCAGCAUCUGAUGUGCGCUGGACUGUGGUGCCUGGUGGAAGGAGAUACGUCCUGCAAGACCAAGCUGGACCCUCCCCUGGACGGCACCGAGUGUGGGGCAGACAAGUGGUGCCGCGCAGGGGAGUGUGUGAGCAAGACGCCCAUCCCGGAGCACGUGGACGGAGACUGGAGCCCAUGGGGCGCUUGGAGCAUGUGCAGCCGGACGUGUGGGACAGGAGCCCGCUUCCGGCAGAGGAAAUGUGACAACCCCCCCCCUGGGCCAGGAGGCACUCACUGCUUGGGAGCCAGUGUGGAGCAUGCUGUCUGCGAGAACCUGCCCUGCCCCAAGGGCCUGCCCAGCUUCCGAGACCAGCAGUGCCAGACACACGACCGCCUGAGCAACAAGAAGGGCCUGCUGACAGCAGUAGUGGUUGAUGAUAAACCAUGUGAACUCUACUGCUCACCUCUUGGGAAGGAGUCCCCACUGCUGGUGGCUGACAGGGUCCUGGAUGGCACACCCUGCGGGCCCUAUGAGACCGACCUCUGUGUGCACGGCAAGUGCCAGAAAAUUGGCUGUGAUGGCAUCAUCGGGUCCGCGGCCAAGGAAGACCGGUGUGGGGUCUGCAGCGGGGACGGCAAGACCUGCCGCGUGGUGAAGGGUGACUUCAGCCACUCUCGGGGUACAGUCAAGAAUAAUCUUUGUAUGAAGGUGUCCACAUGCGUGAUGGCAAAGGCUGUUCCCAAGUGUUUCUCAUGUUAUAUCGAAGCUGCUGUCAUUCCAGCGGGAGCUCGGAGGAUUCGAGUGGUGGAGGAUAAACCUGCCCACAGUUUUCUGGCCCUGAAAGAUACCAAUAAGAGAUCCAUCAACAGUGACUGGAAGAUCGAGCUCCCCGGAGAGUACCAGAUUGCGGGUACAACCGUGCGCUACGUUAGAAGGGGCCUGUGGGAGAAGAUUUCUGCCAAGGGACCAACCAAAAUCCCACUGCAUCUGAUGGUGCUGUUAUUUCAUGACCAGAAUUAUGGAAUCCAUUACGAGUACACUGUUCCUGUCAACCACACUGCUGAAAAUCAAAGUGAACCAGAAAAACCCCAGGACUCUUUGUUCAUCUGGACCCACAGUGGCUGGGAAGGGUGCAGUGUGCAGUGUGGAGGAGGGGAACGGAGAACCAUUGUGUCCUGCACACGGAUUGUUAAUAAGACCACAACACUGGUGAAUGACAGUGACUGUCCUCAAGCAAGCCGCCCAGAGCCCCAGGUCCGAAGAUGCAACUCACAUCCAUGCCAGUCACGGUGGGUGGCAGGCCCAUGGAGCCCCUGCUCAGCAACCUGCGAGAAGGGCAUCCAGCAUCGAGAGGUGACAUGUGUAUACCAGCUGCAGAACGGUACCCAUGUCACCACACGGCCCCUCUAUUGCCCGGGCCCCCGGCCAGCACCAGUGCAGAGCUGCGAAGGCCAGGACUGCCUGUCCAUCUGGGAGGCCUCUGAGUGGUCACAGUGCUCUGCCACCUGCGGCAAAGGGACGCAAAAACGAACUGUGACGUGCACCAACUCGCAAGGAAAAUGCGAUGCGUCCACGAGGCCCAGAGCAGAGGAGGCGUGCGAGGACUAUUCAGGCUGCUACGAGUGGAAAACUGGGGACUGGUCCAAGUGCUCCUCAACCUGUGGGAAGGGCCUGCAGUCCCGCGUGGUCCAGUGCAUGCACAAGGUCACCGGGCGCCAUGGCAGUGAGUGCCCCGCCCUGUUGAAGCCAGCAGCCUACAGACAGUGCCACCAGGAGGUCUGCAAUGACAAGAUCAACGUGAACACCAUCACCUCCCCUCGCCUUGCUGCUCUGACCUACAAAUGUACACGGGACCAGUGGACGGUGUACUGCCGGGUCAUCCGAGAAAAGAACCUCUGCCAGGACAUGCGGUGGUACCAGCGCUGCUGCCAGACGUGCAGGGACUUCUAUGCCAACAAGAUGCGCCAGCCGCCACCACCAUCACCAAGCUCAUGACACGUGGCCCAGCGGUCCCUCAGCACUCCCACACAUGGUCUGAACCCUGAUGACACGGCUAACUGAAAGCCUGCCCACCCAAGAGCACACCAGUCCUGCGGCCAGGACCCCCCCAGAGCACACCACCGCUCACCCACACGGCUGUCCCAAGAACCCAAUCCUAUAGAACUUGAGCGUGAACCUGACGUUUGCUGUUAGUGCUUUUGUACUUAAUAUAUUGUUAACAGCCACUGGAUGGCUUUCUACAGUAAGGAAAAAAUAGGCAUGAGUCACAAAAUUAUUGUCAUUUCUAAGGUUCCGUGUACCUCAAAGGGAACACCUCUGACAGACAGUUGUCAAAAGAAAGAGACGCUCUUUCUUUUGGCGUUUGAAUUCCUGGUGCUUAAUAUGCCACGGGGAGAUUGUCCCCCAAAGGAGACAUUUGAUGUUAAAACAGGCUUUAUUCUGAAAGCCAACAGCACCCUGGAAGGAAGGACAGAUGUCAGCAGCCUCUGCUAAUGGCUUCUCCCAAGAGGGCCCGGCAGCCAGAACCCUUCUUGACAACACAAGAAUCAGCACUUUGCCUCUCAACCCGUCUCUGAAAACAUGUUCUCUAGAUCGUGGGCCUUAGCCCUGACAGUUUGUAUCCGUAUCAGCCAAGGAUGCCAGGGCCACAUAGUUGUACAUACCACCUGUGUUGGGGUGGGGAGAAUAUUCUGGAAGUGUUUGGGUUUGGGGAAGCAUCUGAUUUUUAUACUCUACUGUCCACAGCAUGGGGAAACAUAAAAGUCUUUCUUCAAGAUGCUAUGAAAUGGGACAUAUGUUAAUUUGGGGGAUGGGACUGUUUUCUGGCAUAAAGAUGAGCUCAGGACAGCCUCAUCACCCCCUCUGCCUUCUGGGGCAUCUACUCCAGUCAGUACUUCAUAAAGCCUUGCACCUCAUAGAUGGCUUCUAUAAGGUGACCUUGGCCAUCUAUCUGAAGUUGAUUCUUUAUAGAACUUCUGGCUACUUCGCCUUGGCAUGGGACUGGUUUCCUCUAGAAGCCACUCCACCUGGUAUGCCAGGAUCAGUGGAGGAGUGCCACCUGGCCAGGAUCACUGCACAGCCACCGUGCCUUCCCAUAGCCCAGACCUUGCAGGACUCAUCAUUGUCACACUAUUGUAAUUGACCCAUCUUCUUAGUAAGGCAAGGAUGACUCUCAGAAAGCACGAAGAAAGUCUUUCCCACCUGCAGCCCCUCAUAAAGAGCUGUGCCCUCUCCAGAAGCCUGGGGAAAUGACAAGAGCACAGAAGACACUACAACCCUGCCCGCUUUGAGAACCAGGAGGGAAAGACUCUACAUGCCAGGAGGCCUAUUUCGCUCACCAACUUGGUGGGUGUUUGAUGGGUGCUUACAUUCAAAGACUUUAUCCUGAUAACCACCCCCCUUCACCUCCCUUAUUAUGGACAGGGAGUCUCACUUAUACCAAUCUCCCUGGGGUCGUCUCUGAGGACUUCCUGAUUUAUUGGUGCUGUGUUUAUGUAUCUGCUUUUGUUUUUGAUGAUGUCACAAAUUUAGGGUUAAGGCUGUUUCAAUAUUCCAGAGACAGAGAAGUGGUAGGGAUGACAAGAAAUGUGUGUAGUUCCACUUGAAUCAAUGAGAAGUAUUGAGAAACCUGCUUGUGUCAAGGACUGAGAGAAUGCCAGGAUGGAGCGAUCCACCCUGCAUGUAAACCUCCCCCUCCCAAAACAGUUGCACCGGAGCCUAUGCAAAAUGCUGUCCUCCCCAGCUCAGGCUUGGCCACCAAGAGACUCUCCCCGACCCCCAACCCCAUUUCCCCCAUUUCCACAAAACUCUCAAAUUCUUGGGGAUCUAGGGUUCCAUUUUCCCCCAACCCCAAAUGGGCCGUGCUUUACCAUGUAAUGUCAGAAAGAUAGCAACCUCACACACUGAGGAGCAGAGCCUGGGUGGCAAGCUAAGGAAGCCAGGGCAGCCUUGCUUGCUCAUCUGCAUCUGGUACCCAAGCUGGGCAAGCAUGUGCACAUACUUGCCCAUAGGCAAGCCCUCUCCCUGGUGCCAUUGAAUUACCCCCCUCCCCACCUACACCCCAGCUACCUUGACUCUAUCAACUGGAUGCUUCUGGCAAGGGCCUCACACCUUCAAAAUGCAAAUAAUUGAUUUGGUUCUUACUAAACAUCCAUUGGUUCUCCCAAAGUUCGUGUCUUUCUGACCUCUUUUAGCUCAUGCUGGCACUGUUGCUCUGAAAUUCACCACCAGCCUGCCUUCUGUUUAUGGCACAAGAAGUGAUUGAUUUCAGCGAAGCCAUCCUUGGCGCUUUCAUUCCACUUUGUACAGAAGACAUCGAAACCCUGUGAUCACAACAGUGAUGUUUAUUAACAAUACCCUGUACUGUCACUUAAGUACUGUACCUUUUUGUGCAAAAUGUGUUACUAACUGCAGAGUCUUAGGACCUUAUGGUGCUACUUUCGUGGGUGCAAAUGAAACCCUCUCACUUGACCAUGGCUUGAUAUUAUCAGAACACAGGGAAAGAUCCUCAAUAGCAAUAAUAUCAUUGCUUUGCUCUCUUUUCUUCAUUUCAGAGUCAAAUGUAUAUAUUUUCCAUUAGUUAACUUCCAUUACGUACUGUACCCAUGGUAUUUUUGUUUCACUUUUUGGUGCUGGUUUUGAAAGAAAAAAAAAGAACAGAAGACAAACAUUGGACACCACUGUAAAUGAAAAAUUAAUCAUUUCAUUGGAAGUGAGUUGAACAUGUCUUAAUAAAAAUGUUUUUCCA